AUGUGGGUUCUUCCUUUACUUGGAUACUUAGGAGUGGUUGUGGGAUUUGCAUUUCUUACUCUCGCAAUCGCAUCGGGACUAUACUAUCUCUCCGAAUUAGUCGAAGAACACACCGUCUUCGCACGAAAACUCCUAAGCCGUCUUAUUUACACCAUAAUCGGCAUUCAAGUCCUCCUCGUUCUCUUCGAUCGAUUCCCAAUCUGGCUUUCCAUCCUCAGCAUCCUUUCGCACCUUGUUUACGCAAGCAAUCUACGCCGAUUCCCUAUCGUGAAGCUCAGCGAUCCACUCUUCAUCCUUUCGUGUAUUCUGGUUCUAUUGAAUCACUGGUUAUGGUUCCGACACUUCUCCAACCCACCUGCGCCAUCACGAUCAGCCGAUCAGAAUUGGCGCCAGCCAUACCAAGUCAAUUAUGCGGAUAUGCCUUCAUUCUCUGAGGUAGCUUCUUACUUUGGAUUAUGUGUUUGGCUUGUUCCAUUUGCGUUAUUCGUUAGUCUGAGCGCGGGUGAGAAUGUCUUGCCGAGUAUGGGAUCGGAAUACGCGACUGGGGAACGAUCUUCUGGGUUGGGUCAUAGUCGAGGACCGUCUGAUGGAAAGUCUAAGAAUAAGGGAAUGGCAAAGGCUUUGGUUGAUAAUGUCCGGGAUUGGGCGAGAGAGAAUGGAGAGUUGAUGGGCUUCGGGCGAGGUGAAGGAACCCGGAGGUUUUGA